CUCCGCGCUCCACUUGGUUUCAGACGGCCUCGGCUUCAGGGGCCAUGGCCAUGUGCUUCCUGGCACGCCAAAUUAGUCUGAAUCAUUGCACUUAAGGACCCAGAUGCUACCUGUCUGUCGCCCUCCACUGACGGUGCAAUCAAGGCAGCCCGGCCUGCUAAAUGACCCCCUUAUGCACGAGUGGAUGCGUCUCCUUAUCUGCACCUCGCCCCCUUCCUUCCCACCUAGUCCCCACCGCCUCCGUUUUUUUAGCCUCCGAGUUUGUGUCUCCUUCUUUCGAGCUCAGUUCGACACACCGUGGAAGUGCCGCAGCUGCCAGGGAUGCAUCUGUCUCUCGGAAGACGCGGUCAAUGAAGGGCGAGGACACGAGGGACAGCCGUGCGCUCAGCUGCCCGUGAAAUCCUUUGAUGGUUUUUGCUCGUUGUGGUUGGAGACCUUUCCUGUCUCCGUUGUAGUCAUGGCAACCUGGAGCCGGGGCUUGCUUUUGGCCGGACUUCCCUUGGCCCUCGGCCGCGGUGAAAACGCGCUGCUGCCUUCCUAUGAUUACGCUGCCCUGUCCGUGUACACCUUCACCUUCCUGCUGGGCCUCCCCGCCAACGUGCUGGUCCUGGUCGUGUACGCGCGCAAGGCCCACAAGCGCGGCGCCACGCCCAACGUGGUGUACGCCCUCAACCUGUGCGUGGCCAACCUGGUGCUCGUGGGCUGGCUGCCCGUCAAGGGCCUGGAGACUUUGCUUCAGGACUGGAUGCUGCCGGCCCCCAUCUGCCCCGUCUACAGCUUCUUCCUCUUCUCCUCGCUGUACGGCAGCUGCCUGUUCCUCACCGCCGUGACGACGGGGCGCUACCUCAGCAUCGCCUUCCCGAUCAUCUACAAGAGGUACCGGCGCGCUCGCAUCUCUUGCUUCAUCUGCGCCGCCCUGUGGCUCACGGUGCUCGCGCACCUCAGCGUCGCCCUCGUGGCCGAAGGAGGGGCCAACUUUGUCUCCACCGAGGGUGACACCUCCGCCUGCUACGACCACUUCAACGCCUCCCAGCUGGCCGUCCUGCUGCCCCUGCGCCUGGAGAUGGCCAUCGUCUGCUUCCUUCUGCCUCUGGUGGUGACGUCGUUCUGCACGCUGCGCUGCGUCACCCUGGUGUGGCGCUCAAACCUGCGGCCUGCAGGGAAGCGGAGAGUCCUGACCGUCGCCCUGUCCACGCUGGCCGUGUUUGUGGUGUGCUACGCGCCCUACAACGCCUCGCACGUCGUGGGCUUCGUGUCGGGCGACAACGUGGAGUGGAGGACGUACGCCUUGCUGACGAGCUCCUUCAACGUGUUCCUGGAGCCCGCCGUGAUGCUCAUGCUGUCGCCAGUGUUGUCCAAGGGGAUGGCGGGAAGAAUCUGCGCAGGGCGGAGCCAGCUGAGCCGGAAGGAGCGCUGUCGCUAUCGGUGCCACGGCACCAGCGGUGGAGCGGACGCCCGGGCGCCGCCGCGCGCCGCGUCCGAGAGGAGCCAGGCCAGGGCCGAGGUGACCAAAGAAAGUCAGGAGUGAGGGGACAGUGGGCCGAGACGACGGGUGAAAACGUUCAUGUGACAGUGUGACGCUAAUGUUGCUUCACCGUUGUACCCCCCCGCUCCUAACAGCAGCAAAUGACCUUUGUUCUUUAGAGUGUGAAUAUAAUAUUAAGAGAUGGACGUCUGUCAGUGGAGGAGGCUGCUGAAGUGAACCCCCCCCCAGGGGGAGGAUGACUUGUGGCUGCAUCCGCUCCAAGCUGCACCCGGGGAAACGCCACUUCCUGUUGCUGCUGUGACAAGUCCACAGAUGUCUACUGAGGGGUUUAUCCAGCAAAAAUGACUUAAAUUAGUUAUUAGUUAGUUAUAUGAUUUUUAGAAGUGAGCGUUUUUUAUAAUGCGCACUCGAGAACGAGA